AUUACCAGGAAGAUUGACGACUUCAGUUUGGAAAAGGAGUCAGAUGUGGGCUGUAUUACUGAGCAUCCUGGUUUCAGGCCUGUUUGUCUGGACGAGUUUGUUUUGGAGACAGCGUACUAUCAAUACAGACAGCAGUAUGGUGAACCAGAUGCUAGAAGUAUCAAUGAGAGGAAUAGGUAUGUUGCAUACAGGCAGCUGGCAAGGUGGUGCUGGGGAUUCCUGGGCAAGGAAGUAAGAGUUGUUUUGCCAUCAUGUGCAGUAAAUGUUAUCAGAGACACUUACCCAUCUGAUGUGUACAAGGGAUUUUUGGAGGCGUAAUUGGUAGUUUUCGUGAAGGACUGUAAUUGUAUAAAUCGCUUUAGUUAUCAUACUGUUUAAAAUGUACAUAUUAUAUAUAGAUACCAGCAUUUCAUUAGCUAGUUUUUCAAUUUUAAUAAAUUGUAAAAGCUUGUAUUUCUUGUGUAUUUCAUUUUUAGUGAGAAAUUUAGGUUUCAAUAAAUUUAUGCACCA